GCUGCGAGCCCCGAGCGGCGGAGAGGCCGCGCGACGCGGGGCAGGGCCCGAGCGCGGUGCCCGGGCGCAGGAGGCCGGAGCGCAGUCGCGGCCUGAGCGGCGGGAGCGCAUCCGAGGCCCGCCGCAGGCACACCCGGGCCGGCCGCUCCCGGGCCAUGCGCCCCGCUCGCUGAGACCCGGAGAGGCCGCGAUGGAGGCGUCAGCGGGAGAGUCGCCGGCUCGGGGCUGCGUGCCCCCGCCUGCGCCCGCGCCCGCCGCGGAGAGGAAGAAGAGCCACCGCGCGCCGUCGCCAGCCCGGCCCAAGGACGUGGCCGGCUGGUCUCUGGCCAAGGGCCGCCGCGGCACAGGCCCCGGCGCCGCUGCAGCCUGUGGCGCCGCGUCCUCGGCGAGGCCCGACAAGAAGGGGCGCGCGGUGGCGCCCGGCGCCCGGGGAGCGGGGCCAAGGGUGGCCGGGGUGCGCACGGGGGUCCGCGCCAAGGGCCGCCCUCGCCCGGGUACCGGGCCGCGCCCGCCGCCGCCGCCGCCCAGCCUCACGGACAGCAGCUCCGAGGUGUCGGACUGCGCGUCGGAGGAGGCGCGCCUACUGGGCCUGGAGAUGGCUCUGAGCAGCGACGCCGAGUCUGCGGCGGGCGGCCCCGCGGGGACCCGCACCGGGCAGCCUCCCCAGCCCGCGCCGUCGGGGCAGCAGCCUCCGCGGCCGCCUGCCUCUCCGGAUGAGCCGUCGGUGGCCGCAUCGUCGGUGGGCAGCAGCCGCCUGCCGCUCAGCGCUUCGCUCGCCUUCUCCGACCUCACCGAGGAGAUGCUGGACUGUGGGCCCGGCAGCUUGGUGCGGGAGCUGGAAGAGCUGCGCUCCGAGAACGACUAUCUCAAGGACGAGAUCGAGGAGCUGCGGGCUGAGAUGCUGGAGAUGCGGGACGUCUACAUGGAGGAAGAUGUGUACCAGCUGCAGGAGCUGCGGCAGCAGCUGGACCAAGCCAGCAAGACCUGUCGCAUCCUGCAGUACCGACUGCGUAAGGCUGAGCGCCGCAGCCUCCGCGCCGCCCAGACGGGCCAGGUGGACGGUGAGCUCAUCCGUGGUCUGGAGCAGGACGUCAAGGUCUCUAAGGACAUUUCCAUGCGGCUUCACAAGGAGCUGGAGGUGGUGGAGAAGAAGCGGAUGAGGCUGGAGGAGGAGAAUGAGGGGCUUCGGCAGAGGCUCAUUGAGACGGAGCUGGCCAAGCAGGUGCUGCAGACGGAGCUGGAUCGUCCUAGAGAGCAUUCCUUGAAGAAAAGAGGAGCCCGAUCUCUUGGGAAGACCGACAAGAAGCCUACUGCGCAGGAGGACAGCGCUGACCUGAAGUGCCAGCUGCAUUUUGCAAAAGAAGAGUCGGCCCUCAUGUGCAAGAAGCUCACGAAGCUGGCCAAGGAGAACGACAGCAUGAAGGAGGAGCUUCUCAAGUACCGCUCGCUCUAUGGGGAUCUGGAUGCAGCCCUGUCGGCGGAGGAGCUGGCGGACGCUCCGCACUCCCGUGAGACCGAGCUGAAGGUGCACCUGAAGCUGGUGGAGGAGGAGGCCAACCUGCUGAGCCGGAGGAUCGUGGAGCUGGAGGUGGAGAACCGGGGCCUGCGGGCAGAGAUGGACGACAUGAAGGACCACGGGGGCGGCGGGGGUCCCGAGGCCAGGCUGGCCUUCUCUUCCCUGGGUGGUGAGUGCGGAGAGAGCCUAGCCGAGCUGCGGCGCCACCUGCAGUUCGUCGAGGAGGAGGCUGAGCUGCUGCGGCGCUCCUCCGCAGAGUUGGAGGACCAGAACAAGUUGCUGCUGAACGAGCUGGCCAAGUACCGCUCCGAGCAUGAGCUGGACGUGACGCUGUCCGAGGACAGCUGCUCGGUACUCAGCGAGCCCUCCCAGGAGGAGCUGGCAGCUGCCAAGCUGCAGAUCGGAGAGCUGAGCGGCAAGGUCAAGAAGCUGCAGUACGAGAACCGCGUGCUGCUCUCCAACCUGCAGCGCUGUGACCUGGCCUCCUGCCAGAGCACGCGCCCCAUGCUGGAGACGGAUGCCGAGGCCGGGGACUCCGCGCAGUGCGUGCCUGCCCCUCUGGGCGAGACGCUGGAGCCCCACGCCGCCAGGCUCUGCAGGGCCCGCGAGGCCGAGGCGCUGCCUGGGCUGCGGGAGCAGGCCGCGCUGGUCAGCAAGGCCAUCGACGUCCUGGUGGCUGAUGCCAAUGGCUUCUCAGUCGGCCUCCGGCUGUGCCUGGACAACGAGUGUACAGACUUACGGUUGCAUGAGGCGCCUGACAACAGCGAGGGCCCCAGGGAUGCCAAGCUCAUCCAUGCCAUCCUGGUGCGCCUGAGUGUGUUGCAGCAGGAACUGAACGCCUUCACCCGAAAGGCGGAUGUGGCUUUGGGGAGCUCUGGCAAGGAGCAGCCUGAGUCCUUCCCCGCGCUGCCCUCCUUGGGGUCCCAGGGGCCGGCUAAGGAGAUCAUGCUGUCCAAAGACCUUGGCUCUGACUUCCAGCCACCUGACUUCAGAGACCUGCUAGAAUGGGAGCCUAGGAUCCGAGAGGCCUUCCGUGCUGGUGACUUAGACUCCAAGCCUGACCCUAGUCGGAACUUCAGGCCUUACCGAACUGAAGAUAACGAUUCCUAUGCCUCUGAGAUCAAGGAGCUUCAGCUGGUCCUGGCAGAGGCCCAUGACAGCCUCCGGGGCUUGCAAGAGCAGCUGUCUCAGGAGCGGCAGCUCCGGAAAGAGGAGGCUGACAGCUUCAACCAGAAAGUGGUCCAGCUAAAAGAGGACCAGCAGAGGGCGCUGCUGAGGCGGGAGUUCGAGCUGCAGAGCCUGAGCCUCCAGCGGCGGCUGGAGCAAAAAUUCUGGAGCCAGGAGAAGAACAUACUGGUGCAGGAGUCCCAGCAGUUCAAGCACAACUUCCUGCUGCUCUUCAUGAAGCUGCGGUGGUUCCUGAAGCGCUGGCGACAGGGCAAGGUUCUGCCCAGCGAGGAGGACGACUUUCUGGAGGUGAACAGCAUGAAGGAACUGUACCUGCUGAUGGAGGAAGAGGAGAUGAACGCCCAGCACUCGGAUAACAAGGCCUGCACAGGGGACAGCUGGACCCAGAACACGCCUAACGAGUACAUCAAGACCCUGGCCGACAUGAAGGUCACACUCAAGGAGCUUUGCUGGCUGCUCCAAGACGAGCACCGGAGCCUGACGGAACUCCAGCAGCAGUUCGCAAAGGCCAGAGCCGCCUGGGAGACCGAGCGGGCGGAGCUCAAGGGCCAGGCCUCGCAGAUGGAGCUGAAGGCUGGGAAGGGGGCCAGUGAGAGGCCCGGCCCUGACUGGAAGGCCGCACUGCAGAGGGAGCGGGAAGAACAGCAGCACCUCCUGGCUGAGUCCUACAGUGCAGUCAUGGAGCUCACCAGGCAGCUGCAGCUCAGCGAGCGCCACUGGAGCCAGGAGAAGCUGCAGCUGGUGGAGCGGCUGCAGGGAGAAAAGCAACAGGUGGAGCAGCAGGUGAAGGAGCUGCAGAACCGCCUCAGUCAGCUGCAGAAGGCUGCCGAGCCCUGGGUCCUGAAGCAUUCAGACCUGGAGAAGCAGGACAACAGCUGGAAAGAGACACGAAGUGAGAAGAUCCAUGACAAGGACGGAGUUUCUGAAGCUGAGCUUGGGGGAACCGGCUUAAAGAGGACCAAAUCAGUUUCCUCCAUGUCUGAGUUUGAAAGUUUGCUCGACUGUUCCCCCUACCUUGCUGGUGGAGAUGCCCGGAACAAGAAGCUGCCCAACAGCCCUGCUUUUGCCUUUGUGAGCACUGAGCCCGUGGAGCCUGAGAAAGACUCCAAGGAGAAGCCCGGGCUUUCCACCCGGGACUGCAGCCGUGUGGGUCCCCUGGCCUGCCAGGAGCCUGCAGGGAGGCAGAUGCAGCGCAGUUACACUGCCCCAGACAAGACAGGCAUCCGAGUCUACUAUAGUCCCCCAGUGGCCAGGCGCCUGGGUGUCCCUGUGGUCCACGACAAGGAAGGCAAGAUCCUCAUUGAACCAGGCUUCCUCUUCACCACAGCCAAGCCCAAGGAGUCAGCCGAAGCUGACGGGCUGGCUGAGAGCGCCUACAGCCGCUGGCUUUGCAACUUCUCCCGGCAGCGCCUGGAUGGAGGAUCCGGGGGCAACAGCCAGGGUUCCGGACCUGCUUUCCCUGCAGCCUUGCAUGACUUUGAGAUGUCGGGCAACAUGAGCGAUGACAUGAAGGAGAUCACCAACUGCGUGCGGCAGGCCAUGCGCUCCGGCUCGCUGGAGAGGAAGGUAAAGAGCACGUCCAGCCAGACGGUAGGUCUGGCCAGCGUGGGCACGCAGACCAUUCGGACGGUCAGUGUGGGCCUGCAGACUGAUCCUCCCCGCAGCAGCCUCCACAGCAAGAGCUGGUCGCCCCGCAGUUCCUCGCUCAUGUCUGUGCGCAGCAAACAGAUCUCCUCCUCCCUGGACAAGGUCCACUCUCGCAUUGAGCGGCCAUGCUGCUCGCCUAAGUACGGCUCACCCAAGCUCCAGAGGCGAUCAGUAUCCAAGCUGGACAGCACCAAGGACCGCAGCCUGUGGAACCUGCACCAAGGCAAGCAGAAUGGCUCGGCCUGGGCCCGCUCCACCACCACACGGGAUAGCCCGGUGCUGAGGAACAUCAAUGAUGGGCUGUCCAGCCUCUUCAGUGUGGUGGAGCACUCGGGGAGUACCGAGUCAGUCUGGAAACUGGGCAUGUCUGAGGCCCGAACCAAGCCCGAGCCUCCCAAGUAUGGCAUCGUGCAAGAGUUCUUCCGGAAUGUGUGUGGCCGUGCACCGAGCCCCACUACCGCAGCAGGAGAGGAAAGCUCCAAGAAACCAGAGCCCCUGUCCCCUGCCAGCUACCACCAACCCGAGGGCGUAGCUAGGAUCCUGAAUAAGAAGGCAGCCAAGGCAGGUGGUAGCGAAGAGGUCAGACCCACCAUGCUCUCCCAGGUGGGGAAGGAUGGUGUCCUUCGGGACGGAGAUGGAGCAUUGGUCCUUUCCAGUGAGGAUGCCGUUUGUGACUGUAAUUCCCAGUCACUGGCCUCCUGCUUCGUCCGGCCAUCCCGCAACACCAUCCGGCAUUCUCCUUCCAAGUGCAGGCUGCACCCUUCAGAGUCAAGCUGGGGUGGGGAGGAGAGGGCAGCCCCCCAGUGAGUCACAGAGCAGCUAAGCUCCCGCCUCAAGCAGCCCAGACCCUGAGAUGAGGCAAGGGGUCACAGCCUCAGCCUCGCUCUGCCCAGGAGGAAUAGCAGCUGUACCACUGCCAGAGAAGAGCUUUCACAUCAAGGUAAAGCAGGGUGUCCCACUGACUGCUGGGAAGAGACCUCUGAUUUCCAGGGGAAGGCAGUGAGCAGGAGAAAGACCAACCCUGGCUAACCAGGACUGGGCCUCAGAAGCACCUGAAGAGCUCGGCAAGUCAGCUCUGGAUCUUAAAGGGGGCCUGGCACCACCCUCACCACUUCUUAGAAGGAUCCAGAAAAGGAGGCAUUUCUGGCCAGGCUCCAGGAAACAGGGCUUACAGAGAUGCACCCUACUGACCACAUGUGGAGGAGAAGAUACCACUUUGCUUAGGGCCCACCUCAAGGCUCUUGGGAGAGCUGGGCCUGGGGAGUGUCACCAUUGCUUUCUCCUUCCAGCCCUAUGCUCUGGUUGCAAGGUCUUCCUGGAGCAGGGAAGGGGGAUAUGAUAGAGCAGAAUCCAGGGCCAAGUCCACUUGGAAUCCUGGAGCCCUGGAUCCUCCCUGCCUGUACCUAUAUGUAGCAAGAAUCGGGAGGCAGGUAGAAGUGUAUAGGGUUUAGAGUUAGAGGCCAGAAGAGCUGACUCCCUUGCCAGGGGCACAUGAAGGCCCAGCUUCCGUAGGAGAUCCAUGAGAGCAGAAAUGGGUGUCGUCCAUCUCAACACCUGAUGUAGGUAAAUGCCUACAUGCUGUGCCUCGGUCCGUAGGGCCUCUUUCUUGGUAGCAUGGGUGGGUGCCACAAUCCUGCAGCAGGCAGAGGGCAGAAAUGCUCCCUGGGAGAGACUCUGUCAGGCCAGAGAGAGCGCCAAGAGGCCAGUGUCCCCGGACGUAAGCCCAAGACAAGGGCCUACAAACAUUUCUUGCCUAGAUUGUUUAUUUGAAUUUUUCAUACUAUAAAUAUUUAAGGUGAUUUACUUUAUUUUAAUAAUUUAACUUACCUUCCCCCAAAGCCCCCAAGGUAAUUUAUUAGAGGUUUUCUUGCCACGGGGACAACGCGACACCAUGACGUUUCCCCAUGUGGCUGAGGCAGCUCAGCACCGGGCUCAGAUCUCCUGGUUUUGUCAGAAGGGCCCCUUGGCAGAGCUCAGGCUCUGUACCUCGUUCCUCCAGUACCACUGGCCAUCCGGUCUCAGAGCACUACUUUUCCCUCCUCAGCCGGUACUUGGCCCGGCCUCUAAAGGCCAGACUGUAAAUGCUUCAGACAAAGUGCAGGCCAGAAUGAUGUCACCGCUCCCCCAGCCAUCCUCCAUGAUCCUUCGCAUCCCUCCCCUCCCUCCAACAUCUUUCCUCAUGAGUCAAACCCGGAGGACCGCAGCUCUGUUCCGAGCACAGCGACCCCUCCACGUUCCCCAAGAGAGAACUCGCAGGAAGCAGAAUGAACGUCUAGAAUGUUGUCUGUUGCAGCUUUGCACAUGGAUCUGAGAGUGUCUACCAGACUGCCAGCCUGUUCACCAGCCCUUCUCUUAGCCUUAUAGCCACUCAUGGCUCUUCUAGCCCAAGCUCUACUGCCUGUCUUUCCUACAGCCCUAGGAGUUGCCUGAGCCACGCCCGUAGAACUCGGCUGCAGUAUGGGGAGGCUCGCGUGCCUCCCCUUGGUGCCAGUGAACCAAUUUCAGUUGUACACAUGUGAUGUGCUACCCUCCCGUCCCUGGCUGGGGAUCUGGACUCAUCCAGGGAUGGGUUGGCUUUUGCGCAGAGUUCCCCAUCAGAAAGGCAGAGAUCCAACUGCAUAGCUGGUUUGCUUCAGGACUAGGGAGAUGCAUCUGCACUCCCACCUACCAGUUCCCAGGCUACCUUUUAAGGAACACCUGGACCAGCCACCCAAAGCCCCUCGGCCCCCUUCCCUAUGGGCAGUAUAUCAGGGUCAGCCCGUUCUACCAGCUGUUGCCUCAUGUCCUAAUAACUUGCAUGGGCAAAGUCAGCAGGCCGGUGGACCAUGGGCCAGGUCCCUCCAGGAUGCUACUACUCUCCUUGAAGAGGUCAGAGGCCCCUCUAAGGUUAUUUCCAGCUGAGGGGAACCACACCAGGCCACAAGCCACCAGAGGCCUUCUGCCACCUCCCAGAGCUGCUGAGAGCCAGGGAGGCUUGGAGAAAGGUCCCCAUAGGCCUGAACCCCAGGGCUUAGGGACCAUUCAGCCUUACCAUCGUCCUCCAUCUGGGUUGUCGUGCAUUUCCAUUGUCUCAGCACCUGGCUCCUGUGGCCCCAACAGGUGUUGCAAGCUCCAGGUCUUGGUUUUCAGUCCCUGUUUCUAAUUCUUGCUUGCCACUGUGCAAGGCUGCUUGUCACUGUCCCUACAGAAGCCUUUGGACGUGGGGCUUAAUGGGGUUGAAAAUGUUGUGUGUAAAUAUUGGUUUGGUUUGAUCUUUAGCGUUUUACUUGGUAACUGGUUCUGUUUUCUUUUGGGGGGAGGUGGAAGGGUUGGUUUGUAAAUCUACUCUUUAAAAAUGUAAUUUCUAAGUUUGUUUGUUUCUUCAAAUGCUUUUUAUGUCUUGGUAACAUUCCCAAAGCAGAAAAUUGCCUGGCUUACAGGGCCACGCCCCUGGAGGCCUGCGGUCGUGGGAAGGAGCAACACCCUUCCUCCUAUCCAUCCUGUCUGUGCACCUCUGUUUUCUCUCCUCCUUCAGCUUUCUACCUCCUUUUUCCUCCCUCCUCUCUCUCUUCUUUCUCCCUCCCUCCCUAAUGUUCCAAGGAGCCUUGGGGUCCAGCCCUCUAAAAGAUUGUCUGGCUUGUGCCCACGGGUUGACACAAAUUGGCUGGGGACAUGAGGAUGAGUUACAUGACUGAAACUAAACUAUGUCUUCUCACCUCUUCUAGGGAUAAACCAAAUUAGACUGUCUUGGAGGCAAUGGUGACUGGUUCUGAAAUGAAGUUCAGAGCUCUUUGGGAGCCCCUGACUGAACAGGCAUUAGAAUCCAUUUUCCUUUGCCCUGUAGCCUUCCUCCUAGUCCUUCUUCCACUAAGGCUGCCAUCCAGAGAUCGUGUUCUAUAGGCCCUAGAAUUGGGCCCUGUCUCUUGGUCUCUCUAGGGAUGCUCAUCUUCAGGAGACAAAACUGAGUAUUCUAAAGAUUUGACUGGGUGCCACCAUGCCGCUUUGUGUACCUUUCAUGGACAUAGCUGUCACUCAGCUUUGUCUCCUGCCCAGAGACCACCCAGACUCUUCCUCUUCCCCAGAACAGAUCUAGUUCCAGCCUUAACUGCCCACUAGCUCCCUCUGCCACCUCGCUGUAGUAACAACCAUCCCCCACCAUCCUCUCUAGAGCACUUUACUGUUGAGGGGUCACAUCCCCCCAUCUCUCCUCAGUCUCUCCUCGUCAACUCUUAAGAGGCAGUUUUGACAUGACAGGGCUUAGUGCUCUCAUUCUGCAAGUGAGAAAACAGGUACAGUUCUCACCUGGAGCCUGGAACCAGGAAGUCACCAUCUUUACAGCAGGACUCUUUCUUAUUUUCUGUACAAACUCACUGGGACACUGGCUAGAUUCGGGGCAUCCCAAACAUAACACUGCCGAACCCAGAGACAAGAAAUGCAAUUCUGGACCUUUGUUCCAGUGGGUAGUCCGGGACCCCUACACCUAACCCCUGUGAGCAUCCUGCAGAUUCCUUGGGCCUUACCUUCCGGACAGAGGACCUAUAGGGUUAGCUCCCUGGGAGAUAGUUAAGCACCAGUGACCACGGUGUUCACACUCACAGCCUCAGCCACUCAGAGCUCUUGCGUUUUCAGCCAGUGUUCAUAGUUCUAGGUUCUGAACAAGAGCCCUGAGCACUGAGCUGGGAUAUUGGGGGGAGGGGUAUGUUUGCUGUAAAUUUGAAAAUAAGUGUUGGGCUAUGUAAUGUUUAUCAUUAGCUCUAAGAUUUUUAUCUGGGCUGUCUUCCAUCCAUGAUCCUAUGGUACUUGCUUGUAUUCCUUAUCCAGGCCUUUUCACGCCAUUAUUGGAGUCCUUCCUCCCAGCCCAUUUUUAUUAACAACAACAGGGUGUUUCAGGCAAACUCUGCUUUGGGUAAAUGACCCCAAGGAUUUACAAAGGGCAUCAAAAACAGUGUCCCACCUUAGUCGCAUGUAACAAAGCCAGAGCGUUGAGGCUGAUGACACAGGCUCUAAUUCCAGCUACUCAGGGGCUAAAGCAGGAGGAUCAAGUUCAAAGUCUGUUUGGUCUAUAGAGUGAGUUCAUGCUCAGUCUGGGCAGUUUUCUGAGAACUUAUCUCAAAGUUUGUAGAAAGUGCUGGAAAUCUCAGUGUUAGAUGAUUGCUUCACCUGGGGUAAGGCCCUGUGUUCUCUCUCUAGUAUUGGGAAACAAAACUAGAAAAUCAAAAGGUGAGAACUGCAGAUAUAGAUCUCAGUAAUAUAUAUCUAUUGAGAUAUAUAUUAUAUCUCAAUUAUAUAUAUAUUAUAAAUAUAUCUCAGUCUUGCCCAGGACUGCCAAGAAAAAAAGAAAAAACUCAUUUCCCCGAUCUACCUACUAUAAUCCUCAUAUCACACAAUUUAAAUUAUACUCCAUUGCUUUUUGUUUGCCUGACUGCUUUUAUAUUUUUAGACACGAUCUCGCUGUGUAUCCCUAGCAGAUCUGGAAAUUGCUAUGCAGACUUCAAAUUUGUGUUAAUUCUCCUGCCUCUGCCUCCCAAGUUCCAGAAUUAUAGGCAUGCACCACUAUACCCAGCCUUAGGUUUCAUUCUUGAGUUUCCUGGAGACCAUGGUAAGAAGAGAAGCAUGCCAGGCUUUUCCUGUCUUCAUCAGUCAAUCACAUGAGGCAAGCCUAUUCGCUCCCAGAGAUGGAACUAAUGUGGAGCAUCAGCUCCUUCUUUAACGACCGCGGAGCUGAUUGCUGGUAUGCAGGCUCACCUGAGAUAAAGCAUGCUUUCCAGGUGACUCCUUACAAAAUAAUAAACUGCACCAACUUGAAUGACUGUUGCCAAAUCAUGUGGCUAGCUAUGCCUCAGUUUCCCCAGCUAUGACGUGGUGACUAUGGUGAAGACCAAAUACAUCAUGCCUGUUAUCUCCUUCAAAAAAAAAAAAAAAAAAAAAGAGCUGACGUUCUAUAUACAUUUUAUUUUUUUUUAGUAAUCGUAUUUUUUUUUAUUCUAUAUACAUCUCUUAUUUGGACUUUUUAUGUGACCUUUGAAGUCUCCUCCCUGUCCCUGUAAACUUACAUCCCCACACCAUCCGGGAAGUGCCGUGUCCAGUCCUACCUCCCAAUUCCAAGCUUUGCUCUCCAAUAUGCAAUUACCUUGUCUUGUGUUUAUAUUGUAUUUCUCUCACUAGAGCCAUCCUCUUUCCUCCAUGCAUCGUGCAGUGCCAUCUCUUCCGGUCCCCCUCACCAGACUCACCCCACUCUCUGCCUCCUGUCUUCUUGUCGACCAUCUCCCCAUAACAGCCACAUCACCUUUUACUGGGAGGAUGUGUGAUGAACAUGAACUUGCUCUUCACCUUUGGGUCUUCUCUGCCCUGCCCGCUCUUGGCCUUGGUGUAAAGCAGGAAAAGCUUGACUUCUUUUUCUUUGGUCUGUGUCUAUCUGUGCAUUCCGUUGAUUCUCUCCUGGCCUUCAUCUCAUCCAGAUCAGCUCAUUUGACAGAACUCCCCCCCCCCCCCCAACCAACAGCAUUUUCAGUUUGCAGAAUCCACAGACUCACAGAAGGGGACUGAAGAUGUGACACUGGGCCGCAGACCUCUACCACUGAUCACUUUCCUUCCUCACCCUCCUGGGACCCUCUGCCUACCCCAUUGACUCUGUCCCUCUUCCUGCCCUUCCCUAAGGGAAGAGACUUUGGUUUCCUCCCAAUAUCCUGGAAAGACUGAGGCAGUUGAGUCUGGCUCCCUUGUCAUACCACAUCUUAAGCUGCCACUUACAUGAAGGGAGACCUCAGCUGGCAGUCUAGAAACCGAUCCCAAGUUGGAGUUUCCCAGUUUUAUGGUCCGCUCAGAAGCACCAGGAUGACCCUGUAGGCUUCAAACAUUCUUUGUGUUUUGGGGUCCUUCAGCCUCCACUGGAUACGGGGCUCUGGCACCCCUUGUUCUUUUCUUGGCUCUACUGUUGAUCUCUUCUCUGAACAGGGGUCUCACCCACUACAUUAUUCCUAUCAUCUAUCCAGAUCUUUUGGUGCCUCUACAGCUGGGCCUUGCCAGUAUGGCUUGCCUUAGGAGUACCAGGUUGCCAAAGACACCCCUGGCGACUCUGUUCCCGCAGUAGAAGCAUCACUGGGAAAGCUGACAGAAGUGCAGAUUGUUGGCCCCCACCUGGAACCCACUGAAGUGGGCCCAGCAAGUUGGGGUAUGAAAGCGCGUCCAGUUCAUUCUGAUGGAGACAAGUGCGCCCACAGCAACAAGGUUGCUGGCCUAGGUGAGCUGUUGUUGCAGCUUGGGCAGGAACUGGGACUGGCCUGAGCCAUGAAUAAUGGAAAACAACCAGACAGCAGGACUCCUCCAUUCAGGGCCUCUGGGCCCAGCAGAAACAACACUAUGACAUCUCCUCUCUCUGGAAGCUGGAGGGGGAAGGACGGUCUUGCAAUCUUCCCUGUUACCUUCCUGGCUUCAUUUCAGCCCAGUUCACCAUCCCCCACUAAUUUGGGUUUUGGGGAAAGCUGCACAGGUGGUCACAGCAGGCAAAGGGGAGAGUCUCUGGAGGCAAGAGGCAAAAAGGACCCUUUUUGUUUAUGCGCUGGAUCCUCACCUUCUCCAGAGGGCCUCUGUGCAAGGGGAAAGGAACCUAAUGCUGCAGGAGAGCCCCCUGCCCACUCACCACCAGCAUCCCACACCGUACCUCCUUGACCUCUCGAUUCCCAGGGAGACCUUGUAGACAGUGCCAAAAAUCAGUUCCAACCCCCAGUGCCUGGGGAAGAGCUAGAAACUGCCUUUCCUCCUCAUCCUGGCUCCCCUCCCCAACCUGGCCAAUACUGUGAAGCCCUUUCCUGCUCAGCCCGGUUUCCUGGUGAGGGUCCUGCAGUCGUGGGCCCUGGGGACCACUUAGGAGGGAAGGGACCAAGGGCAUCCUUGGGCCAACUAUCCACCUCUCCCUUCUGCUCUUCUUCCUUCCCCUACUUUUCUGUCCCCCCUUUCUCUUUCUUCUCCUCCCCACUCCGAUACCCACCCCAACCUUUCUGUGUUUAAAGGCUCCUUCCGGGGACAGAUGGAGUGGUAGGACUGCCGUCUAGUCCACCAGCUCUCCUCGCCCUGUGUCUUAUUUCAGACAUGAGAACUGUACAGUGUAAACUUACAAAGUGUUUUUAAUGGUUGUAGAUUGGAAAUAAAGUAUGUCACAU